AUGAAGAAAGUUAUGGAACUUCUUGGUCGACUGGUGUUGGACGAAGUCCAAAGGAAAACUUGCGCGGCAUUACCACCGGACAUGCGACAAUUUUUAGAGUGGAUGUUGGAAGUCAACGGGCAGAAAGAAUUGCAGGAACAAACACCUUUAUUACCAUUGGUACAAGAUAAAGAAACGACCGAACAUCCGUCGGACGACAAAAUACUUUUUCCCAAAACUUCCGAUCAAGAAACUGAUAAGGACGUCAACGAACUCCACAAGAAGGUUCGAAUAUUGCAGAAUCUUAUAAACGAGUACAACGCUUUAUCCGCCAAGGAGAAGAUAAAAGUCCAAACUGUCCACGAUUAUCUCGUCAGACAAUUAAAUUCCCUUUUACAUUACAUCGAGGUGAAGGAAAAAUCGGAGAAAAAUAAAACUGGCACUAAGACGGUACCACCGGGUAGACGUAACGCAGAAUUUAUUCUUCGUUAUCAGAGUGCAUCGCCAAAUUUUGAAUUCGACAGGAAUCUCACUUUGUUUAAAAACGAGAAUGCACCUGGCAAUUGGAAACUCGACAAUGCCAGUUUUGCGUUGGACAUUGAAAGGAAGAAACGUCGACCCGUUCGAAGUUCCAAUUAUUCUUUUAAUAAAAAACGACGGAAGAAGAAACGUAAGAAACGUAAACGUAAGAAGCGUCGUAGGCGAAAUGAAAGAAGAACCUACGAUAAGAACGAAACGCCGGAGUAUCGAAAACUUGCACAUCAUGCUGCUAUGAUAAGACAAAAACGUGGGGAUAAUUUGGAGGAUGAAUGGGAUCAAUUUGAUUUCAAAUACGAACAGCCAGAGAUCUAUAAAUCUAUGAAUAUUUUGAACGACCAGGACGGGAAAAUAAGAAACGGACGAUCGACCGAUCUAAAGGAAAAGAAAAUAAUCCUAGAAAGAGACAAUGUUACCGUAGCUAAUCUUUAUAGAAAUAAUUACGAUGAUUUACCGGUGAAAGGUAAAAAUCGUGCCGAGGACGAAAUGAUACUUCUUAAUAAACGCGAAGCAUGGAAAAAGCAAAAUGAGAUACAGCUCGAAGAGGUGGCCUUCGGUAAGGAUAUGCGAAACAGGCUUAGAGAGGAGGAACAAUUCAAGAGAUUGACGGGAAUUAAAGGGAAGAAGAUGGUGAACGAUGAUAAGCCAAGGGAAAAGCGAGAAAACAAUAAAAUAGAAAAGAUCGAGAAGGAUAAAAAGACAUUUAUCCGAUCGAAUUUAAAUAACGUCACGUUAAAUAUUAACACUACUGUUGUUUCCAAUUACGAAUUAACGACCGCUCACUCGUCUCCAAAUUUUAUUGAUAAUAACAAAAUAAUUACGUUGAAAAAAUCAAACGAUACGAGGGAAAAUGAAAUAAAAUUGAAGAUGAUGGAACGAGGGAUAAACGUUUAUGCCAAUGAUAAAAAUGAGACGUCGCGGAUCACAGAACCGGAGAAAAGGAAAAAGAAAAAAGAUUGAAAUUAAUGAACGAUUGUUUAUAUAAGGACUUGGAAAGAUUAUAUUAUAUUCGACCGAUUACAAGGUAGAAAUAUAAUAAUAAUAAUAGUAGUAAUAAUAAUAAUGAUAAUAAUAAUAAUAAUAAUGAAAAAUAAAAAAUAAAAAGAAAAAAAAAAGAAAGAAAAGAAGAGAAAAGAAAAGGAAAGAGAAAAGAAGGCAGUCGUUAUCAUUGUCAAUUAAAUAGAACGGGAUGCGAUCUAAUAAAUCCGUCGAUCGCGGAACGUCUAAAUAAUUUCAUCCCGUGCGAACGAACGCAUCGAUCGCGUAUGAGCGUUAUCUCGGUCGACGUGUUCUCCCCAUCGGAGCGCGACAGACAGCCAGCCGAAACUUCGUAAAUUGUCCUGUCGUUACGAUCAACCGGAUGUCCUCGUGCAUUUACACGAGCCCUACCUUCGCUCUGCUAAUCUACACCCAAAUUACUCUCAAUGAGAUCGAUCCAAUAACGAAAGAAAUAUGAACGAAACGAUUAGUACGAGAAAGAAAGAAAGAAGGAAGGAAGAAAAAGGAAGAAAGAACAAACAAAAAAAAAAAAACAAAACAAAAAAAAAAGAAAAAAAAAAGAGAGAAACAAAAACAGAACGUAUAGAAACAAACGAUAUCGAAGGCAUGGGAUAAAAACAAAAAGAACAAAAAAAAAUAAAAAAAAAAAAAUAAAAAAAAAAAAUAAAAAAAUAAAAAAAAAAAAGAUACGCGUAACUCUAAAAAAGAAUUGAAAAAGUUUUUCUACCCGCGAUUACGACACCUGUGAACUUUUUCCAAGUUUAUUAAAGACCGUGUAGGUGUAUAUAUCCCAAAGUUAACUUCCCAAGUUCUUUUAAAACCUGGUAGGAAAUUGAUAGUCGCCUUCCUCUUCCAGGUCCUCUUUCUUUAAAGAAAAGAAACGUCUUCGGCUUCGGCUUUUUCCGUACGAGCGCGUGCGAAACGCAACCCUCCGUUGGGAUGUGCUUCAAUGAAAUCUUACGAAUCUUUAAUCACCCCAACCCCCAUCGUAAUCCUUUCCAUCCUCCUUCUCUUCAUCUCCCGUAUAACUACUACCGACGGUCUAAACGAUAAUUUACGAUGUUAAAAAAACUUGAUUAAGCCGAUCUUAAAUCUCUUUGGCAGCUAUGUGCUACAUGGGUACGGGACGUUAACUCGUCGAUUAGUAAGAAACAAAGCAAAAAAUAAAAACAAAAUAAAAUAAAAUAAGAUAAAAAUAAAAAAAAAAGAAAAGAAAUGAAAAAAAGAAAAAUAUAUAUAUAUAUAUAUACAUAUAUUCAUUCGUCCAUCCCUUUCUCUAUUUCUUUCGAGGAUUACGAAAUAUCUCAA